UGCGCAGUAAGUUGCGUGGGUGUAUUGUGGCUGCAGAGUUAGUCACGGUUGCGCAGUCUGCGGGCGUUACUGUGCCGCGCGCCGCCGGGUGGUUAUAUCUAGGCUGAGUUGGUCCUCAGGCAGGCAGCGUGGGUCUGCCUUGGUUCUUCGGACCCAAGGUCUGUGAGCGGCCACGAUGUCGAUCUUCACCCCCACCAACCAGAUCCGCCUGACCAAUGUGGCCGUAGUACGAAUGAAGCGAGCCGGGAAGCGCUUCGAAAUCGCCUGCUACAAAAACAAAGUCGUAGGCUGGCGGAGCGGCGUGGAAAAAGACCUUGAUGAAGUUCUGCAGACCCACUCAGUGUUUGUAAAUGUCUCUAAAGGUCAGGUUGCAAAGAAGGAAGAUCUCAUCAGUGCGUUUGGAACAGAUGACCAGACUGAAAUCUGUAAGCAGAUUUUGACUAAAGGAGAGGUUCAAGUGUCAGAUAAAGAACGGCACACACAGCUGGAGCAGAUGUUUAGGGACAUUGCAACUAUUGUGGCCGACAAAUGUGUGAACCCUGAAACAAAGAGACCGUACACCGUUAUCCUUAUUGAGAGAGCCAUGAAGGACAUCCACUAUUCGGUCAAACCCAACAAGAGUACAAAACAGCAGGCUUUGGAAGUGAUAAAGCAGUUAAAGGAGAACAUGAAGAUAGAACGUGCUCACAUGAGACUUCGGUUCAUUGUUCCAGUGAAUGAAGGGAAGAAGCUGAAAGAAAAACUCAAGCCACUCAUCAAGGUUAUAGAAAGUGAAGACUAUGGUCAACAGUUAGAUAUUGUGUGUCUCAUCGACCCCGGCUGCUUCCGAGAAAUCGAUGAGCUCGUGAAAAAGGAGACAAAAGGCAAAGGCUCUUUGGAAGUACUCAAUUUGAAAGACGUGGAAGAAGGAGAUGAGAAAUUGGAGUGACAGUCAUCAGUCUCUUCAGCUGUCAAACACUAAAGCGUUUUCAUUUCCCACAGUCCUGUUUUCUUUCUGUGAUCUGCAAAAUAGUUGCUCAGAUGUGUUGACAUUUUCCAUCUUUGUGGCAAACAUGUACACAAAAAGACUUUCCUAAGUAAGUAUUAUAACGUGGGAUUAAUUUAGUUUUAAUUAUCAAAUGGGGUUUUAGGCAAAAGUGAAAUACAGAGUCCGGAGUAGCAUUUUGUUACUGCCUCAUGCCUUUGAGCUUUCCAGGGUGAAAGUUAUUUGAGACAACUCUUGUGGAUAAAAAAUAAAUUUUGUACAUUAUAAGAAAAUAA